CCACUCCAGUCUCUUGUCUAUCACCGCCACCGGUGCAGUCAGGGCCGUCUUGAAACAGGUUGGAAAACCCAUGCCUGUUGGUUACACUGUCUAGACGGUUGUCACACAGAACGAAGACAAACAUGUCGGAGGCCGUGGUCAAGGACGAAGCCUACGCAACCCUGGACCAGCUGGCCCACAGGGGCCAAUGCAGAGGAAUCUCGGACCGAGCGGACGUCCUGACCGCCCUCAUGGAGGACCAGGUGACAAAGCUCUUCACAAGGGCGACCCCCUGGCCAGAGGAGACAGAGAUCGGCGCGCUGAGGGCGUCCGAGAAGGGCAUCGAGUCGCUCUUCUUCAUCAUGCACCUCCUCCUCUGCGUCGCGGCCGAGCACCCCGAGCACGUCGCCAAGGCCAACGCCACGAUCAGGGACCUCCAGGCCGCUCGGGCUGUGCCGCCGGGACACUUACUCUCCCCGACGGACACGUUCGUCGCCCGCAGCCAGGAGCGCCAGGAGCUGGGCUACCCCCCGUACACCCACGUCGGCAGGCAGAGCAACGUCACCUCUGGCGGCUUUGACGGUGUUGGAAGGGCUGGCACCGUGGCCGGCACCGUGGCCGGCACCGUGGCCGGCAUCGACGGCGGGCAGAGCAAACCGCGCCUUCAUCCUCUCAGCCGGGACGAGGUCCUGGAAAUGCGCCUCGCCGCCGACCACAAGUCCUCGCUGCCGGAGUCGGACCUCCUGCAGCCCAUGCCUGGCCUGCCGGACUGGGCAGAGCACGGAUACAACAUGCUGCUCGCGCAAGACGGGCCGUACCAGCCGUGA